AUGAUCAUUACCGGAAACAAUGAUGUUCUUCUUGACAAGCUCAUUGAUCAGUUGAAUAGAGUGUUUCGUAUGAAGGAUUUGGGAUCUGUUCAUUAUUUUCUUGGUGUUCAAGUUCAUCAUCAUGAAGACGGCUUGUGCCUUAACCAAGGAAAGUAUGCCACUGAUCUUCUCAUCACCGCUGGAAUGCAAGAUUGUGCCCCUAUGAUCACUCUGUUGCCUCUCAAGCUUGAUAAGGUCCCUGGCCAAGAUCAACCAUUCUCUGAUCCCUCAUACUUCCGGAGCUUAGCUGGUAAGCUUCAAUACCUUACUCUCACCAGACCAGACCUGCAGUUUGUUGUUAACUUCAACUGUCAGAAGAUGCACAUGCCUAGUCAAUCCGAUUUCGCUCUGCUCAAAUGCAUUCUUCGCUAUCGACAGUGA